UCCCGACUGUGACAUACUCUACCGCUACAACAUCUGUAACUGCAACAUUUUCUGCUUAUGAAAAAGGAACUACAGAAUUUUGUGUGAAACAUAAUGCCUCCAUGACGCCAGUCUGUGGUAGCACGUUUAAUGUACCAAUACCUAGCCUCCUGCGAUACGCAAACUACUCCAUGUUCUCCUACACAAAGACAGGUACCCUGCAAUCACAGUCCACUGCUGCUGUGAAUUUAAGGACUAAUGCUUCAGCGCCAACUAACCAUCCUGAAAGCCUUUCCCUCUUUCUUAAUGAUGUCUGAGUUAAAUUGGUGUGGACACAAGUUAAAAUGUUCAAUGGCAAACCGCUCGGAUAUAGAAUAUCCUAUGGAGAUCAGGGAGCACCUGUUCGCAUAAAGAACGUUUCAUCUGGAACCCAUGAAACGACGGUUUCAGGGCUAAUAUUUGAUACCAGCUAUACAUUCUCAGUAGCUGCUGUUUCUUCAGGUGGAAUAGGGCCAAGUAUCAACCAAACAGACAGAACAACUCAACAAGUUCCUCCUGCGCCAACUAUCAUUUCUACAAAGCCACUAGCCACCGAAGUGACAAUUCACCUAACGCGUGUAAAAGGAAAUUAUCACUUGUCCAACUUCUGCUGUUACUUCACAAGGCAAUCGGUGUCUGACAUACAUAUGUCAAGCUUGCCCAGUGUCAUGAUCUGCAACAAGACCAGUCCUGUUGUCUUUUCACCGGUUGAAGAAGAUGCAACAUAUACAUAUCACUGUGUUGCUAGAAACACGUAUAAUGCAUCGGAUGGAAAUGCUACAGAACAAACUGGGUUCAGUACAACAGCAACAGCUCCCAGCGUAGCUCCUGAAGGUGUACACCCGGUUACCAGCAAAGCCACAAGUGUGCUAGUUGGAUGGCAAGAUGUGGAUCCUUACGAGUUGAAUGGAAUAUUGGUCACUUACAAUGUGAUAUGUAGGAACAGUACAACACAGGUAGCAUCCAUCAACACGAGUGCAAGCAGCGCCACAGUGUCUGGUUUGAUAUUCAACACCGUGUACACUGUGUCCGUUGCUGCCAUCUCAACAGGAGGUCAUGGUGAUUAUUCAGAUCCUAAAAAUGUGACAACAUUACAGGAUGUACCGGGAGCUCCGACCAUCAUAUCUAGAUUACUAGCUCCAACAAAAAUUACUGUGGUAUUUGACGCACUGACUGGUCACUUCACAAUUCAGAGUUAUUGCUGUCUGUACAAGCGUCAAACAGUAUCAGGUUUUCCGUCGCCAACAAAUCCAACAAUAACUUGCAAUACAAGCACAACCAUCGUACUCAACAACCUGGAGGAAGAUUCAACGUACAUCAUUGUGGGCUAUGCAAACAACGCCGCCAUGGCCAGGAGCCCUAAUACCCCUCAACUUUUCUUCAACACCACAACUGCAGGCCCAUCUGAGCCACCCGCAUCUGUGAGCAUCACGGAUGUCAACAGAACAUCACUCUCAGUGGUAUGGAAUGAAGUACCCUUGCUUGGUCGCAACGGUCCAAUCACACACUAUCUGGUCAAGUACAACAGCCAGGAACAACGCGUUGAAGGUAAUCAGUCCUCUGCUAAGCUGGAAAACCUUCGCGCCAACGCAGACUACAACAUCAGUGUAUCUGCUAUAGGUCACGGAGGUCAAAGUGGACCUUUCAGCAGUGAGGAGAUUGUCAAAACACUCGAAGCUGUACCCAACAAACCAACCGUCAAAUUCACUUCAACAUCAACCAGUGUGAGGGCAGUGGUGACAUCCGAAUCACCGUACUGGAAUGUUCUUCAGUACUGCAUUACAAUCCAAGCCACCAAGAGAGUGGACGGCAAACCAAUACCUGAUGACCUGCGUCAACGAGUGAAACACAAUUGCACAGAUCAUGGUGUAUCUGAUUUCGACAAUCUUGAGGAAUAUAUAGUCUACAACAUCUGGACCUGGGUUCAAAAUGGAAGGGGAGAGAACAGUAGCACUCAAAUGGACGGUUUUGCCACUAAAGAGGGAGUUCCAAGUCGUGCUCCGUCGAACCUGGCUGCUACCGGCGAGACCAGCACAUCUGCUCAGCUUCAAUGGUCUCCAAUUCCACUACUAGACCAGAAUGGAAUAAUCCGAUCAUACCAUGUCAACGUCACAGCUAUCUAUCCCGUCAGUGAAGUCUCAAACCAAACAUUCCUUGCACCUGCUCUUAGUGGAACAUUUGUCGGGUUGAAACCAUACACGAUGUAUGAAGUGGGCAUUGCCGCUGCUACUAAUAUUGGCAGGGGAGAUAUCUCUAAUUUCACAUCAUUCCAGACCCAGCAAGCAGCACCAAGUAUUGGACCAACCGUGACCAACACAUCCUACUUGAGCAGCACUGCUCUGCAGCUGGCCUGGCGACGGCUCACGCAGCAAGAUCUAAACGGUGUGUUGGUACGCUAUGACAUCAUGAUUGUCAGCCCUGCAAACUACUCACAGGUGUUCAAUGUGACAAGCAACGAGACCAGUCUGACUAUCACCCAGCUUGAGAUCAACACUGUGUACAACCUGUCUGUGAGGGCUGUGACAGAGGCUGCACCUGGUCCAUUUGGUAGCCCCGUACCACAACGGACAGAUGAAUCUAUUCCUGGACAACCCACUGCCAACUUUUCUUCCACAUCAGCAACAAUCACUGGGCAAGUCUGGGUGGAACAAGGAAACUUCAGGGUAUCGCGAUUCUGCAUUCAAGCCACGCUGACUCUUUUUGGUACAUCCAGCCAAGGUGAAACCAGAACAACGUGCAGCAAAAUGCCAAGAAUAACAUUGCUUGGUCUGCAAGAUGACACUGCAUUCAGCCUGGUAGUUUUUGUCAACAACACCAAUGGACGAAGAAGUCCACUGUCUCGUUCCUAUACAGUCAGGACAUUGGAAACUGAUCAGCAACAACAACAAGGAACCAGCGCUACCACAACCAUAACAAUUGGAAUCCUAUCAUCGUUUCUUGUUCUCACUGUCCUAGCUCUCAUCGUCAUUAUUGCAUGGAAGCGCCGUAACAAAGCCAGGUAUAUACCCAGGGAAUCAGAUUCACCGAGAAUUCCACUCGCUUCCAUGGACAAACAGAACACCGCAGAAAUCAUGAAGGGAAGUGAACCAACUCCUCAAGUUGAAAAGGCUCUACUCACCAGCAAUGACGCGUACGGGGCAGUGAUACUGCCAUGUUCCUCGAAUCCCGUGAAAAUGGAUGAUGGGGCAUAUGAAACAGUUGGGCUGGUGGAAGAAAGUGACCCGGUUUAUGCUGAUGUUUCAGAAAUGCCGUCAAACCAACCCAAAGCUGUCGUGACCGAUGAGCCUCUGGGAGAUGAUAUAGUGUAUGAGACCACUCUCGGCGAUUGUAUCGUUUCUGAAGACUGCUAGCCUGAAUUGAUAACAUCCAGCUAAGCGUUGCGCACAUGCACUGUAGCAGAUUGCGGAUACAACGCACCACUGAUAACGUGCACCAACAUACUAUGACGACACUGCGGCCACACACCAUACCCCCAACACUCUCUACGAAAUAAUAAUUAUAAUUCCUCAAUUCCUAUUGUACUUUGAAUAAAUUAAAUUUCAUGUUUUUUUUGGCAUAGCCAAGAGGCCAGUAAUUUAUAGAGUGAUAUGAGAAUAUGCAGCAAGUUGCUCUACUGCUACGAACCAUUUUUCUGUCGUCACCAGCAACAGUUCAGGUAAAUGUUCUUACUUUAGGUUUGAUCUUCACAAACGCUGGCACGUUGUAUUGCAUUCAUCAAACCUCUGCUCCUGUGGCUUUAGCCCUUUUGCAAAUCGCCUCCAUGGGAAUACUUCCCAUUUAAAACUUUAGCUUUUGAAUAUUUUAGCACUUUCAAUGCAUUCAGCUGCACUGAGUGCUGGGUUCUAGGCCAAGUGGAUAAAAUCCUUCGACAAAGUGAGUUGGAUGAAUGCGCCUAAAGUGAUACGCAAGGCUUUCUUUUCUAUCGUUACCUUUACCUAUGGAACAGGCAUUUCUCCUUUUCACAUGCUUCAAGUAUUGAAUUCCUGCACAUGCGAUGAUAGGGCGUAUUGCUUUUUAAAAGUCAAUGUAAGGCUGUUUUUAUACAGGUAGAACCACCCUACUUCAUAAGCAUUCACCAAGUACAGUACUGUAGGAUAUCGGCAUUCGGUUUGUUGCAAUUAGUCCUCGCGAGGCUUCCCUUUCAAUACUUAUCCUUGAUAAAAAUUGA